AUGUCCUUCCGUCAGCAGUUGCACAACCAUGAGGAUGUGCAGUACUUUGCAGAUUUUAAGAUUGGUGGUCAAGAUAUCGCUGCUAUCUUCGACACGGGCUCAUUCGAGAUCGUUGUCCGGUCAUCAAGAUGCAAGAGAUGUGUACACCCGACCACACCGUAUUCCCACGAGCUGAGCAAGACCUACAAGGAGAAUGGGACCAUGACGCAGCACGUUUACGGAUCUGGACCGUGCGUGACGAUGCUUGGUUACGACACCGUGCAGGUGGGUCCCAAACUUAUCGCUCAGCAGCAGCCGAUCUGGGAGAUCUUGCAGCAUGAGAUCCCUAUACUGGAUACCGCGAAGUUUGCGGCGAUUGUUGGGAUUGGACCCAAGUUCGGGUACAACUCUGCCCAGAAGACGCUGCUUAUGAACUAUCAUGUUGACGAGUUUUCGAUCUGUUUGAACAAGGAGUCGGGCAGAAAUGGAUACCUCACUUGGGGGCCUGAUGCAGAUGCUGGCAUGGAGCCUCGCGAUGUUGCAACCGCUCGUGUGCUGGGAAAGCACCACUGGGCCACAAACCUGACACACGUUUCCUUCAGCAAGGAUGGAAACUCCACCAAGAGCAGCGUGUGUCAGGAUGGUUGUGCAGCCAUCGUUGACAGUGGCACCUCACUCAUCGCUGCACCAGCAUCCGCGCUCAUGGAGCUGAGCCGGCAGAUUGGCAAGAUCGAAGAGGAUUGCUCCAACCUCCAUGAGCUGCCCAACCUCAAGUUGAACCUCGAUGGACACGAGCUGGAGCUCCCGCCACAAGCCUAUGUCAUGAGGGUUGUCGGCGCCAGCGUGGAAGCGGACAGCAUUUGGGAUCUCCUCUUCUUCAAGCCCAAGAUUCGCAAGGUUGACUCCUGCAUGCCUGCCUUCAUGGAGAUGGACAUGACGACUCAACUUGGUCCAGUUUGGAUUUUGGGGAUGCCCUUCUUCCGGUACUACCACACUACUUUCAACCGCGACAGGCAGGUCAUGCGCUUUGCCAAAGCCGGGGAGGACUGUCAACCCAAAUCGCUCCGUGCCAGAGAUGAUGGUGACUCGCUCUUCUUCGCGUCCUCAGGGGCCAGUGAUGCAGCAUACCGUCCGCUCGAUGUGAACCUGAAGUCUGUUCUGCCGCCCCGAUUUGCUCUGCGAUAUGGCACUGAUCAGAAGAGUGAUCUGGAGCUGUAG